AGGUCCAGGUUAAAUUAAUCGCUCUAGUCUUCGAGACUUAAAACCUUGAAAAGCGUCCCUAGUAACCAGCCGUAUUAACGAUUCGUUAACGGGUAGCAAGUUGUGUUAGUUUAUAACGGAUUCGUUUUAACUAUCUGUUUCGUGUCUUUUAUCCGUUUGUGACGGGAAAAAUUUAGUUCAAAUCCACAAAAUCUUGGAUUUUAUUAAAGGAUGACUGACGUGUUCGUGCCCUCCAACGGGUCCCUGAUUACACGGGGCCCGCUCAACGAGGGUGCCCCUCAGCCGGUGGACUCGUACAAGAAGCCGGCAACCGCCACAGGGUCGCGGCCCUCCACUCAGGGCGGCUACAGGUUUGGUCAGCUCAGCCAGAACUCAUUCUUCACGAGACACAACCCCCACCCAGUCAGAGUACGACAUCUGAAAGGUCUGCUUGACGUUCCCAUCUGCGCCGUGAACGAUGACGGCUAUUUCUCCAACCCGCGUUACUCCCUACAGUUCCCGCCAAAUUAUUUCAACCAGAAGAAACUUCAACGUAUUCCCGUUAACGCAAUCAACGUCAAUUCCCAGAUGCAUCCCAUCAACACCGUGACGGGCCUCCAAUAUUUCACGGGCCUCACAAACUACCCGUUCAGAGAAAGGGCUGUUCCGAAAGUCGGCAUGGUGCCAGUUACUGAAUCAUGGCGGGACGAACUGAAGGCGCUCACAGACGCCAUCAAGGAGACAAAAUUUGAACAACAAAUGGAAGAGCCCAAAAUGCCCGAGCGUCCAAAGACCCAGUAUUCGGAGACGACGGGGCGCUUAAUCCCACCUCCGUCACGGGCGAUGUCACGUGGGAUGUCUCGCCAGGGGUCGCGGAUGGGGUCGCGGCAGGGCGGCAGGGACCCAUUCCAGCGUAACAUGGAGCACAUUAUGGAGGACCCGGAUAUGGAGUCUCAGGUGAUGGUGAUGCUGUGCCAGAUCUUGCAGACAGAAGAUAUAAACGCCGUCAAAGCCUGGCUGUGUUCUUCUGGCGAGAGAGAAAAGGCCAUGGUGAUGGACAUGAUCAGGACUGCUAUCGGCUCCAAGGAGGAUUAUUACCAGCGUGACAUCAAACCCGAGUACAUUGAUAAUGACAAUAAUGUCACCAAACUUCCCCCUAUAGGAGAGACAAAUGAUGGGAAACCCAAGAUGGUCAACAGACUGACUGUGGAAGAGGAUGGCAGUGAGCACAUGGAGUCAUGGAAACAGCCUGCAGUUGGCGCCACUUGGUCCCAACAGCAGUCAACAGCUGCACCUGACCAGAAUGGAGCUAUUCGACCUCCAACCUCUGAUGCAUUUAGAAAACCAACUGGACGUCCCAGAAGUCAGCAGAAUGGACGUGCACCGACCCCUAAAGCAGCCCCUAAAACCCCUCAGCUUGCAGCUGAUAAGCCUGUUCUUCGCAUGACCAGCUCCGCCCAUGGAAAUAGAACACCCGCACAACCUGAACCUGUCGCCCCAGUAACAGUGGAAGAACAGAGUCAAAACACAUUUUAAGACUAGAUUAAAUAUAGGAAAUUUAUGAACGUUGUUAUCAAGUUAUAAGCAUAUUUUUAGGCUGAUGACUGAUGGCUAAUAAAAAUUGUACAUUCUUAUAAAAUUCAAGGACAGCUGCAUUUUGAACAAAAUCUUGGGUGUUAGCAAUGCAAAGAGGGAACUUUUCAAGGAUUAUGUGUUUAAGUUAUAAGUUGUAUUUCCUGUUUAUUUUAAUUUAUAAAACAAUUUGGGCUUAAAUAAAACCUCUACAAAAGCGUCCGUAUUGCAGAUCCAAAUAUUUUAUUAUUUGUAAAGAAUAUACGAACACUUAAAACCCCUUGUACUAUAGUCUGAUAAAUUAUUUCGGGCAAAAAUAAUGUGAUUACUCAAUAUAUAGUAUAGAUGCACAUUUUCAAUAUUUAAAACAUUGUUUAUCCCUCACACUACCUGCAUUAUCUGAGCAAGUAUUUAUUGAUGUGUCAAACUUUGAUUAACAUUAGUUGAUUGUUUUUUAAGCCAAUUAUUUUACUGUUUAAUUACUCCAUAUCAUGUCCUCUUUUAAUUAUUCUAAACUUGUUAUAUAAGUAGUUAGGAUUUAAACUGUCAUAAAUACUCAUCGAGUCAUUUAAUCAUUGCUGGUUGGAUAAUCACUUCAUGUAUAUGAAGGGAGCAUCAUGUCUGUAUGAGAGUGUUAGUAUACACGAUCUUUUCAACGCCUUCAGUGGCACUAAUAUAUAUAUAUAUACAUAUCUUGUUCCGAUAUGCCUUUAUUGACUUUAUAUCUUGCCUCGCGUGAGUGUUGAGUGGUUUUAUGUGAGUGCGUCCAGAGAUAUGUGGAUAUACAUAUUGGACCCAUCUUAUCAAUGAUCAGUUUUUUUAUUCAAUAUUUUUGUUAAGAAAUAAUAUCCAUCUUGAAAGUACUAGUGGUUUUAAUCAAAUAAAACAUUCUUUUUUAAUUGAUUUGGCAAGCAAAACAUAAAAUCAAAUUUAUAACACUGAUAUGGUAUCAAACUCAUGAUCUUUGCGAUAUUUUAUUCGUACAGGUAUUGAUAAGAUGGGCCUCCUUACGUGCAAUGUAUGUACGUGAAUGAACCUGUGAAAAAAUAUCAAAAUUCAGUAUUAACCUGUACCAUAGUUUUUUGUUUUGUUAGUUUAUACAAGUUGUUAAGUUGCUUUGGUGAACCUUUUAUUAUGUUUUUGUUUUGUUUCUUGUUUAUAGGAGUAUUAGUUAAAAAAUUUAAUUACUUGGGAAAAGGGUCUCAUUCAACGAGAAGUAAAUAAAUGCAUUCCCUUUAAAUUCAAGGUAUGUGUUGACUAUAGGUAUAUGUAUUUCCACUGAUCAGAAAAAGUCUAAACUAUAGUUUUAUUUUCUAUUUCUUUUUGUCUGCAAAUUAGAAAAUAUUUCAGAUUUUGUGUCAAUGAAUACAAGGGUAAAUUUUUACAUAUAAAAUAUCCAUUACUAAUACAUGCAGAAUUCAAAUACGGAAAGAUGAGAAUCCUCAUAUGUCUGAACCAAUGAGCGAGUGCCCUUCGCAUACUAUAUUAAAUACAGCAAUUAUCUAUGAGAAUUAGGCCCAUAACAGAAGCUAUGUUUCUUGAUGAAUUAAAUCUUGAAAAAUGUGUUUCAAAAUAUGAAAAACAACAAUCAUUAUACUUUCUUCUGAUUGUGAAAUAGUAUUCACAUAGUAUGUUAAUAUAGUUUGCUUGUUAAUAUACAUAUAAAUAUUUUAUUCAGGCUUAUAUUAGCACUAGGUUACGACAUUGCCAUUGUCACAAUACUAGUAUUUCAUUUUCGAACAUUUUAGUAAUCAUUUCAAUGGUAUGAUAAUAUUACAUAACAUACAUUACAUCAAUACUUCUCAUAAUUGUGCAAAAAAUAAGCAGAUACAUUUUCAAAGUGGUUUCUAAACUUAAACACUUGCAAGUUUUCAAAACAUUUGUUCUCAUAAGAUGCACAUGUAAAACUAUGUCAAUUUGUACUACAAAAUUGUGAUAAAUUUUGUGUGUUUUUGUUCUGUGAUAAAAGUUUGUGAUUUUUCUUUUGUAUCUUCUGUUUGUCUCUGUUAACGUACAUAAUG